AGGCAUUUUUUGUUUUUAUUUUGAUUCGAUCGAGAUUCGAACACGGAACUCACGGAAGUGGUUGGUUCUUGCUGUUGACGCUCACACUGUGAAAUGUCUUAUUGCUGUUUUAGAUCUGUAUGAAAAUGUCUAAAUUAUGGUGAAGAAUGUCCUAAUUCCGUGGGGCCAAUUUUAAUAAUGGCUACAAGAGGUGAUAAAGGAAAUGGAAAUGGCGAGGAACAAAUCGUUGAGACGUUGGCAGAGGUGUUCCGGUGCUUCAUCUGUAUGGAGAAGCUGGUGGACGCCCACCUCUGUCCGCACUGUUCCAAGCUUUGUUGUUAUGCUUGCGUGAGGCGAUGGCUUACGGAACAAAGAUCCCAGUGUCCUCACUGCCGAGCAGCUUUGCAUCUUCAUGAGUUAGUCAAUUGCCGCUGGGUAGAGGAAGUAACACAGCAAAUUGAAACCAUGCAACAGAGUAAUUCAGUGUGCCAAAGAGAAAACUUUAGGGAUAGAUGCCCGACACAUCAAGAGAAGCUAACUGUUUAUUGCUGGACUUGUCGCCGCUGUAUCUGCCAUCAGUGUGCUCUUUGGGGUGGUACACAUACUGGCCAUACAUUCAAACCUCUUGAAGAAGUGUAUGAACAGCAUGUGACGCAGAUCCGAGAUGAGGUCUCCCAGCUACGACGUCGUCUAUUGGAGCUUAUCAGCCUAGUCCAGGAUGUUGAAAGGAAUGUCGAGUCGGUGCGUUCAGCAAAGGAUGAACGUGUCCGUGAAAUAAGAAAUGCGGUUGAGCUGAUGAUAUCUCGCCUGGACUCGGCGUUGAAAGCCAAACUGCUGACUCUCAUGGGACAGAAGAACAGUCUCACACAGGAAACAGAACAGUUGGAGCAUUUGCUGCAGGAGAUUGAACAUCAGCUACACUCUAGCACCAGAUCCGAACUGAUAGCGAAGAGCGGCGAUCUAUCGAAAAUGAUCCAUCAGGUCCGCAAGAAACCGAUGGCGAGCUUCGUGACCGCGCCAGUACCGGCCGAUUUUCAUAGGCAAGUACAGUUCUACAAUGAAAUCGUGCCGAGCUACGACAGCAGCACCUUCCCGCUGAGCAACUUCACUCAGCUGCAGCACGCGGCGUCGCCCGUGUACUCCGCGCCGCUGCACGUGAACGGUCUGUGCUGGCGGCUCAAGGUGUACCCUGACGGUAAUGGCGUCGUGCGCGGCAACUACCUGUCCGUGUUCCUCGAGCUCAGCGCGGGUCUGCCGGAGACAUCCAAGUACGAAUAUCGUGUGGAGAUGCUGCACCAGGUGUCCCGUGACCCGUCCAAGAACAUUGUACGGGAAUUCGCUUCGGACUUCGAGGUUGGGGAGUGCUGGGGUUACAAUCGCUUCUUCAGAUUGGACCUUUUGGCGAGCGAGGGGUAUUUGAACCCCGACACCGAUACGCUCAUCUUGAGGUUCCAAGUCCGCCCGCCGACCUUCUACCAACGCUGCCGCGACCAGCAGUGGUACAUCAACCAAUUGAUAACCAUACAGAACCAACACAUACUACAGAUUAAUGAUCUCAAAGAGCGUCUAACACUGGAGAUGUCCCACAACACUUUGGUGCCGACCCGCGCGACCCCCAACCCGGUGACGUCACAGGCGGACGACAACCCCACACAGAACAACCCGGUGGAUGGCAACAGCCUGAGCGACUCGCUCGUCUACAACCAGUGGAAGUUCAACAGUCCACCCAGUGUAAUGAGCGGACAGAGGCUGACCAGCCCAGGUAUUUUGAACACGGCGUUAUUCGAGGAUUCGUGUAGCAGCGUGUGUCGCAGCUCGCUGGGGGCGGGCGCCAUAUGCUACGGGGACUACGGCGGCGAACGUGCCAAGACCACGGCCCAGCACGCACUCGACUCGCCGUACAACCUGCCUUCAACAUCGAGGUCAGCGAGCUCGGUGCAAGCCACCAGCGGUGGCGGGGCGGGCGCGUCCGUGACGGGAGACAAGUUAUCGCUGGUGUCACUGCACACACUGCUGAGCGCGGCCGGCAGCGCUCCUCGGCCGCGGGCCAGGCAGAGGCACGACUUCCUCACCGCGGACUCGCCGCUCAUCGCGGUGGCGAGUACUCCGGUCAACGAGGUGAACUCGGCCAGUGGGAGCGGUGUGUGCGCGUCGCUGUCGUCACCCGAGCUGAGCGGGGAGGGGGCGAAGGCCGAGGCGGCGCCCGCCAGCCCCGAGCCGCAACCGAACGCCCCCUCGGAGUCCAGCAGCGAUACCGGGCAGGAUAUCAUGUUCAGUGAGUUGGAUGGGUUCGCAGACGAUAACAACCAGAGUCAUGUGGAGGAGAACUCCAACGAGGAAAACGACGUGGACGAGGAGACCAUGUCCGGUGAAAAUGAUAUAGAGGGCGCCUGUGCUCGGUCCGACGCCGGCGACAUACUGAGCCGUCUGCUGUGUGCGGUGCACGGGAGGGGAGUCACUCCGGCCGGCAGCGACGGACCCCUCUCCCCCGCACAUGCGAUACAUGCACACACACCCUCACACCCCGCGCCCAGCCGACACGACGACCCGCAGCUGUCCACCGCCGCUCACACUGACAUGCUGCUCCUGAACCUCAUGAGGAUUAACGGUCUGACGCCCAAGUGUCCCAAGAACGUUAAACACGGUCCCAAACGUAACUGGUCGUCGUGUCAGUCGGAGGCCCGGCAGUCCCCGGCGGGUCUACCGCCCCCUCCCGGGCCGCCGGCGACCCCCCGCCUUCGCCCCGCCGCCGCCCGCGCCCGCCGGCCCCACAGACCACGCAACCCGCCCCUCUCGCCCGGACAGAUGCAGAGGGAUAGUAAUGCUGGUGCGAGCUGGUCGUCACCACCCGGCGCCGGCAGCUACUGGGCCUCGGCGUCCUCGCUCAGCGACACGGACGACGUCGAGGUCAUACUCGACUACAACGAUACGCUCUUCGACAUGCUGUUAAACAGUUUGUCGCUAGAGGGCAGCAGUGUAGCGGAGUGCGACGACGCGCCCCCGGUCCAGCCCUGGAGCCCGGCCAGGGAGCCGCGUAACGACUGACAUUUUUCGUUUGAAGCACAUCACACACGCCAUCACACUCCGCCUCCCGACGGGGGCUGUGUGCCAGUAGACCAACGUCACUCGCCAGUAGAGUCGCGUUACCCGCCCGUAGACCCGCGUCACCCGCCCGUAGACCCGCGUCACCCGCCAGUAGAGUCUCGCCGUCCCCGCCGCCAGUCUACGCGGUCUACGCGCAGCUACGAAGACCUACAGCACUAUCGCAGAGAGUACCACCACUGAUGAUAGCCGACGCGUUUCCGCAGACGAUAAAUACUCAGUUUGAUAUAAUCAUAACUUGCGGUGUGAGGUGUACAUGUGAUAGAUGUAAUAAAAAUAAUAACUUUAUAUGAUUCAUCGGCUUCGUUAUUACCUGAGGCAGAGCGUCGGAGCUCGUGUGAGUGUAGCGUAACGUUAACGUCACACGUGCGGUGUGCUCGUGUCGGGCGUCGCGUGCCCGACACUGAUCUCCGAUGUUGCUAGGUUAAUCACGCGACUGUCUUUGAUUGAGAUCUCUUUGAUGUAUUUUUUUGUAUGAAUGAAUGUUAUUGACGUUUCUCUUUUCUGUUGCUAGUGUAGAGAAAUAAUUGUCAGUAGUGCGUUGAUAUCGAAACUAGUUGAUUACUCGUACAAGGACUCGUGUGUUCCACUUUAUUAUAAUGUAGUUAGUUUGAAGCUGAGGUAUGGGUGAUGUGAUGGAAAUAUGUGGAGCCCGUUUAGUUUAGUGCACUGACUGAAAGUUCAAAGAUUAUAUAACUAGGGCUUGUAUUGUGUAUUCGGUACUGUUCUCACGCUUUAAGAUGUAAUAGUAAUUUAUUUAUGUAGUCUGUAUCAAAUACAAACGAUGGUACAAGUUCUGUUUUAUUUAAUUGUUAGUAUAUAUUUGUCUAGAUUCCUUAGGGUCGAUCUUGAUGUAUUAGAAUGGAAAUAAAGAGAUACAAAAUGCA